CUUCGACACUUCACAGCACUAGGCAACAGCUGUUAAAAAAUAAAGUCGUGCGGAAAAUUAAGCAUUUUCGGCUAAAAGUCUAUUGCAAACAUGGCCAAGAUCAUUAAGGCAUCCACAGGUUUGACCGGACUCGCCGUGUCCACCAAUCCCCACCACACGCUUUGUGCCCUCUAUGGCAAGAUCCUGCGAGCGGUGUCCAAGAUGCCACAGGAUGCCAGCUACCGCAAGUACACGGAGCAACUGGUGAAGCAGCGCGCCGAUUCCGUGGCCCAACACAAGGACAUCACUGCCCUGGAAAAGGCCGUCGGUUGCGGUCAAGUGGAGGAGCUGAUUGUCCAGGCCGAGAACGAGCUGAUCCUGGCGCGCAAAAUGCUCGGCUGGAAGCCCUGGGAGAAGUUGGUCCAAGCCGCGCCUGCCAAGCAGUGGGACUGGCCACCAGCCCAGAUCAUGGAGCCCAAGGUUUAGAUUCACACUUAGUACUAAUUAAUCUACAGCAAAUCGAAAUGAGAAGAGAGCAAUAAAUCCGUUGAUAAACCAGUCGCUUUAUCAGCUAAAAAAUAA